UCACGCUGAGAGAGCAGCUGAGGAGGAAAUAUAGGACAACAGGAGGAGGAAGAGGAGGAGGAGGUCUGCAGCAAAGCCUGAAACCACAGAGAGUGGUUCAGAGACGAGCAGAUCUGCAUCAGCUCCAGAAGGAUGAAAGGGCUGCAGCGGCUCUCUCUACCCGGAGCGUGAGGACCCUUCCUGGGCUCCAUCUGCCUCAUUCUCUCCCCUCCUCACCCCUCUGGAGCUCUGACCCCCUCAUCUCUAUAGCUUCCCGUCAAUCAGAGGAAACAUGGAUGCCUUCCGGCUGCCGCCUGUCAUCGAGGAGGUCCUCGACCCAUCCGAUGAGCUCUGUGAGCUGAAGGAGGAGAAGCCCAUCAUGCUGGCAGAUACCCUCACAGCCAAAGAGAGGGAGUCCCUUGAGGAGAAGGAGGAGACAGGGGGUGAAGGAGAGAAGGGGCAGGAGGAGGAUGAGAAAGAGGUGAAGGAAGAGAAGUCUGAGGAUGAGGAGGAAGGCGGCGAUAAAGGUAAAGAAGAGGAGCUGGAGGAGCUGAAGGCUCAGGUGUUGCAGCUACUGCUGGAGCUGGAGGAGACACGGGAGGUGUCUCAGAGACAUGAGGAGAGCUUCAUGGAGCUACAGGGUCUGUUAGAGGAGGAGCGGCUGGCCAGCGCCCACCAGGCCGAGAGCUUCACCCGGCAGAUCCAAAGGCUGCAAGCCCAGCUGCGUUCAGUCCAGGAGGAGAUGGACAGUCUGGAGGAGGAGAAGGAAAGCGAGCUGGAGGAGGUGCAGCAGGAGCUACGCUCAGCUCAAGAGGAGGUGCUAAUGCUGCAGCAGGCAGCCGAGGAGGCAGCAGCAGAGAGAGAGAAUGACAUUGCCUCCCUUCAGGAAGAGCUAUGCCGUCUGAGGGCGGAGCUACAGCGUCUGCACGCCACAACAGCCGAGUACGAACUUGAGGUGACAACACUGAGAGCUGAGCUGAGCAUGAAGAGCCACAGCACACUGACACAGGGUGAGGUCACUCAGCUGCAGGACGAGUUCAACUCUCUGACAGACCAACAUCAGAAUCUGACUAGUGACAACAAACAGCUGAACAACAAGGUGGAGGAACUGCAACAACAACAAGACGCGUGUGAUGACGUGUAUCUGGCAGUCAGAGCGGAGGGCAGUACUGAAUAUGAAAAGGACAACCAGGUGAAGGCGGACUCUUAUAUCACGGUGUUCCAGUCCAGACCUGAGCAGAAGGACUCAUCUGAUAUACAGGAGGAGAUCAGCAUCCUGAAGGUCAAACUGAGACAAGCUGAGGAGACAGCGCAGAAGGUCCAGAGAGAGUGUGAAGGUUUGAAAGGUGAGCUGGCCGAGCUUCAGCAGCUGUAUGACUGCAGCCAGCGGGAGCGAGCGGCACUUGAACAGGAGCUGCAGCGCUGCAAGGCUGAGCUGCAAAAACUGGUGGGCAGGAAGUCACAGCGCGACUGUGAAGGCUGGAACCUGGCAGUGGUGGCAGUCGCCGUGGCAGCCAUUGCUGUUCUGGUUGUCCCUAGUUUCACCAGGGCUUGAGGAGUACACAGGAAGCGACCUCACGGUGAACUGUAGGAUUGUGGGAUUGCCGUCAUCCAUCCAGUGCUGCCCUCAUACAUGUGACCAUCCUGAUGUCUGCUUGUUGCAUCUCCACGACUCUUUGACCAAACGCCACAGACGUCAGUGAGUGCUGGAGGGGAAAGCAAUAGGAAUUCCCGACAUCGUCUACUAUGAUUCUUUACUCUUCCUGCAGGUCAGCUCUGCGCAGAUGGUCAAGCGGUUGAUUUAUUGAGUACUCACCAUCACAGUUCAAGAGUUGAACAGAAUAUCUCAUUUUGUUGUAUCUUCCAGAAGUACCAGAAGUAGCUUGUCAUGAGGUUCGUGAAGACAAUGGACUAAGUUUCACUUUCGUGUUAGUGGAUGCUACAUAUAAAAAAAAAAAUGUCUCUACAUUCAGUGUUAAAAUGGAAAAUAUAAACUCAUGGGGUGAAAUGAUCUAAUUAACUUACUGAUAAAACAUGCUUACUUACUUGAAUAGUUUUGGUGAUUAUUCAUUAAAAUGAGAUUUGAUCAAACAGCAGUCCAAAACAAAAGGCUCAUUAAUUUAAAGGCAACACUCUGAAAAAGUAGCACAUUUUUACUUUAAAAAUGACUUGAGUUAUUAUAUUUUCCUUCAGCUUUAAAAUUAUUUGCCUUAUUUCUGUCCUGGUGAGUUUAAGGAGUACUUUGCACUUACUGAUAAAGGAGAAAACAGUAGCAGAUAAAACUUGAUUGUUUAGCGCUUCAAAUACUGCCUUCCUUCCUUCUUAAUGUUAUACAUCAUCUGAUCAUGUAUUUGUCAGAAACUUAACGCUGAUUAACUUUAAUCAGCGUUAAGUUUCAGCAGGUCUGGUUUGUAGCAUGAAACACUGGGAUUAGCUUUAUUUUACCUUCCUCACUUCUUAUAAAUCCGUUUACAUGUCUGGAUUUCUGUUUUUCAAAUGUGUAGUAUGACUAUCUAUAAAAGUAAAAUAGCACUUUAAAAAUAUAUAUAUUUCCUAAAGCUCAUUUCUAAAGAGAGAUAAUUUCUGUGGACUGAUUACACUGUGUUUAAAUUCAGAUUGUGCCAGAGUUGUUUUUAUUUUGCACAGUUAGGUGUAGCAGAUGGUUUUCAUUGAUUUAUUUAUUGAUUUAUUUUUGAACAGACACUUUCCUCCUUCUCUGAAAUAAUGCUAAGGGGAUUUUUUUGUUGUUCAUUUUUAGCAUGUUGUAGAAAAUGUGAUUAAAAUCAAAACACAGCAAAUGCUAGUGUUACUUAACAUGCAAAUUUUAGAUUGUGUAUGCAGAUGACACUUUUCUUUAUUUUUACGAAGAGCAGAGUUUGAUCAAAACGUAAUGAACUGAAAACUAUAAUGAUUAAACAGAAAAUUACUUUUUUACUAAAAAAGUCCAAAUUUUAUGCAUGCAGAUGAUACAUUAUUUUACAUCUAACAGUUGAGCACAAUGCAGCAAAAUGAAUUUCAUGAAAAUUUGAUUAAUUGAAAAAUGAUAGAAGUUAAGCUCAUAUACAGUCCUAAUCAAAUAAGGGCACUGGGCAAUAUCUAUUUACAAAUAAUAAUGGAGGAGGACCAGAAAUGAUGUCAUGUAGUGGAACACCUUUCACUGAAUUCAAAAUGACAGUGAUAAGGACACAAAGUUUUAUUUAGAUUCCAACAUUGAAUAUUGUUUUGUUUAUUUUUUUUCUUCUGUAGAAAUUAAAAACUGGGAUGGAUCUUGUCUGAAAGGGGCGGCAAAAAUUCAGCAUUUAAUGUAAAACCCCAAAGAGAAGUCUGCAUCUGCAUUUUGGUUGAUCAAACUUCUCAGAUGCCUCAGAUCAUCCUUCUGAAUAAACACGUCUUUUUCUGUAAGCUUUUGAAUUUUUUUUACUGUGGGAGAUACCCAAAUACAUCUCUUUUUUGCUUUUGCACACAUUUCAAACUUUAUGGUUCCUAAGUUAUGUUUACAUUUAAAUAGAGACCAAAUAAUCCUAGAAAAUAAGAAUAAGCUGUUCAGAUGACUGUGAUCCCUUUCAGGGUGGAACAAGGUACUUCUGUCAAACUUGUUUCAGUAAGAUAACAACUAGCUCAGACAUUCCAGUUUCUUUACAACAUAUGGCACUGCAAAUGAAGAUUGAACUGUGACAAGUGUACUUGACUGAAGAUAUUAAGAGCAUUAAUUUGAUAAAGCAGGGCUUUAACAAACUAUGGGAAUUUAAAAUUAAUAAAGGCUUAUUAAUUAAUUUAAGAUUAUUUAAAUUAAUUAAUAAUUAAAUCCGAAGUUUGAUCAGGCUAUUAUACUGUAUUGUUUAAAACAACUAGUAGCAUGUGCUGUUAGGAGCUCCUAUAAACAUUUUGCAUGACAAACACGUGUAGCCUACUUUAAAGACACUUGCUGAAGGAAAAACAUAUUUUACACAUUUAACUGAUGUUGUGAAGUUUUCUUAGUAAUAUGUGUAGGUCAGCUCCCAGCAGAAAAAAAAACAAUAAUAUAUAUGAAAGGUUAGUCAAGAUAAAGACUUAAUUGCCACACAACUUUCACGGGGUAACUUUUUUAAAUGUACUUAUUUACUCAAAUUAAAGGUAUGAAAGCCCAUUACUGCCAGAAAAGGGAAACCAGUUAGGAACAAAAAAUUAUUAUCUCAUUAAUGUCACUAGCUAAGUCAACAUUAAUGAGAUAAUUAGACAGAUGUUGAGUUGCACAUUAUUUAAUCAUUUUGAUCAGUGAGUUUCAACUAAUUUUAUCUGAUAUUUUAGAACAUAAAAUACUAAUAGUUAUAACCUAUAUUUGACCUGCUAGUGUUUUUGGUAUUUCCUGGGCUUGAAUCUGGUUUUGUGUUGUAUCGGGGCUCUCACUGUUUUUAGUGUUGCCUUUGCUGGUCUUGUGUUAAAAAUGUGUCUGAAAAUAUGUAAUUUAUUCGAGACUUCCACGACCUUAACUGGCACUGAAUCAAUUCCUCCAGAAUGUUUUUAAAUCUGUGUUUUACUGUGAAUACAAACUCGAUACUAUUUUUUUAUUAUUAUGUCAGUAAAAUUACAAAAAUCUUCCUAAAAGCUGCAUGCCGGUGUUCCUCUGUACCGUCUUGGUAUCUUUGCUUUGAUCAGGUGCUUUGUUCUGAUUUUUCUUCCGCUUGGUUUCUUCUUUGUUCUGUUUUAAAGUGCAUAAUUUUCCUACAGCUUCUGUGAUAAUAAGUAUGUGAUAGUUUGUCAGAUGUUUGCAAAUCUAGCAUUAAGAAGAGUCUGGGGGUGGACUGAUUAUUGGUUUCCUGAUACAUUAAUAUACAGCAGCACAACUCAGACUGUUUGUCCAUUAUGCAGAAAUCACAUCUGAAUUUAUAGAACAAUUUAAAAAACUUUCUUUCAUCUAUUGUGUGAAUAUGGAUUUACUUUGAAAACUUCUCAAACAUCUGAGCUUCCUGUUAGGCCACCAAAUCUCCUCUGAUGGUUCUCGUAUGUCUGUGUUGGAGUUAUCUUGACAAAAGUCACAAUAAUAUAAUCAAAAUACAAAAUAUGUCAGUUUAUCUGCUGUUGUUUCUGCCACAGUAACUUGCACUUGAUAUCAAUUUCUGGAGGUCUGUGAUAGUUUUUAUGUACUUCUGAAAACAGAACUAGUACUUAUCUGAUCCUUUUGUUGUUCUCUUUUCACAAAAUUAAAAUGUAAAAGUGAAAAGGCAUAUUUUGUUUUAUCAGUGAUAUCCUGAAUCCGUCCAUCCUUAGCACAGUCCUGACAAACGUUAGCUCCCAGUAGGUAUCUCCAUCCUGCAUGUUAGGUUUAGAGGAAUAGUGACUUUGCAUGAAAUUAGAAGAGUAGAUGUAGCCGCUGUAGCAGCUUCAGCCAAGCUGUAGCAUGAGCGCUAAAAUCCAAUUCUUCCAUUAGCUGAUGCAGACUGUGUUAUUAGCCAAUUGUUUUUAUGGUGGAUUUUAGUUUCAUCUGGGUUUAACCAAGCUGAGCAUGAACACUGGAACCAUGGGAGCACCUUAACAUCUACAUGAUGGUUUACAUUAAGUUUAUGUGGCACACAGCUAAAGACAUUGUCACUGAACUAGUUUAACUUAUAGAACUACAAACAGUUUAACGCAACAUGUUUUCCUGCUGGUUUCUAACUGGUGUUGUGUCGCGCAGCUGUGUCUAAUGGAAAUAGCAGUUUAUUAUUAUAGUUAUCUAUCAGUAGCAGCUAGUUCAGCCUAAUUUAGCACAAGUCCGUGUAGCUGCUGAAAUACUGGCAUGUUUUAUUAGCUAAGUGAUAUUUUUGUUGUUAUUAGCCACUGCAGGCAUUACACUAGGUUCUUCUAGUACUGACAGGCAUUGUUGUAGUUUUUUGUAACUGGUGUUUAUAAAAUUAGCUUAGCCUAGCUUAACAUAUGUUAGCCAGCAUAACUAAAGAUAGUAUGCUAAAUGUUUUUCCAUAUUUUGGGAUUUAUUUGGUAGUUAGCAAUAGAUUUAUUCAACAUCAUGCUAGUUGGUAUAAAAAUGAAUGUUGUGGUUUGUUGUUUUGUUUAGUUUUAUUUUGUUUUGGGGGUGGGACAAGUGUUCAUAUGUUUAAACGUGAUUAGCCAAGCUCAGCGUUGAUUAGGAUGUUAAACACAUAGGGGGAAACUGCCAAUGAGCUUUAAAAAAGAAAAUACAGAAGACACUGAUAGCUGUCAGUUUGCCCCUGAGUUCCAGCCUUUUUGCAAAGCUAGGUUCAUCCUGGAUGUAUACUUAGACCACGGUGAAAAGAUUUAAAAAUGUCUGACUGUUUAAACUCCUCAGAUUUCACUGCUGAUUGUGCGUCAGGUGUUACUGUCAAGUAUCAGGUGUGCUGUAUGAACUCUGCUUCUACUUUGGCGUCCUGAAUCUGAGCCGCAAAAAAGUGGAACAUCACUGUCAUCUGGCUGCUGUUUCUCUUCUUUGUUUUUGAUCUCUGUUCUUGAUGUUUUUGCACCAUGAUAACAUCUGUCUGGGACUGUAUUUUAUGUUUGUUAAAUGAUCUAAUACAAAUAAACAUAGUUUUCCUUGUC